AAUGUGCCUUAAUUUGGAGAGGGACAGUUGGGUGGAACAGUUGCGUUGAGGUGGACUUCAAUUGGAGACCACAGUUGCCACGACAGAGACACAAGGAGUUACAAGCUAGUAAAAUAUAUAUAUAGUUGAAUAAUUAAUUAAAGAAACAAGAUGGGUUACUGGAAAUCAAAGGUUCUCCCUAAGAUCAAGAAGGUUUUCGACAAGAAUGGUAACAAGAAGGCUGCUGCUGAGGCUUGCAAGUCCUUCGACGACGCCAAGGAGCAAAUCAAUAAGGAGUUUGAAGAGAAGAAAACUGAGCUUCAACCUAAAGUAGUUGAAAUAUAUGAGGCAUCUUCAGCAGAAAUCAAGACUUUUGUUAAGGAACCCAAGGAGGCAGGACUGAAGAAGCACUCUGUUGCCGUUCACAAGUUCAUAGAGGAGCUCGUGGCAAUUGAGUUUCCGGGAUCGAAAACAGUAUCUGAAGCAUCUUCAAAGUAUGGGCCAGCGUUGGUUCCAGGCCCAGUGUUGUUUGUUUUUGAAAAGGUGUCGACGUUUAUCGUUACAGAAGAGAAAGUUGAGGUGAAAGAAGCAAGUGGGAAAGAGAAGGAGAUCAUAGUAGCUGCUGAAGAAGAGAAGAAAGAGGAAGAGAAGAUAGAAGAGGUGGCAGCGGAGGCGCCUGAGAAAGCGGCGGAGACUGAACCAGCUGCUUAUACAACCGAGGCUGCAAAGGUGGAGGCAGCCGAAGCACCAAAGCCUUGAUCAUCAUCAUCAUCAUCAUCAUCAAUAUUUAGAAGUGAGCUUUUGUGUAGAAAUUUAUAAAAAGAAAAACAAUGAUUUGUUAUUCUUUGAUCGAUCUCCAUCCCUUUGUUCAUGUAAUAUCUCUCAUGGAUUUGUUUUCAUGGAUUUUUUUUUUUUUUUUUUUUUUAAAGCUUGAUGUUUAAUUAAGUGUAUAAUCUUUGUGAUCAAUUAGUAUGUACUAUUUAAUUACAAAUGAAUGAAAACUCAUGAAUGCUAGCUCC